UUUGUUCUUCCAUUCGAAUCAACCAGUAUUGCUUGAGCGUUCGGAGUAGCAGUGUGUGAGUGUGCGGUGAAAUGACGUCAAAUGAAAACAAAAACAAAAACACUAACGCUUUGGUUACAUACGACCAAUUCAAGUCUUUCUUGCAUGCAAAUUUCGACAACUUUGACGAACUGUUAAGCUUUUCGGCCUCGCGAGCCUUGGCUGAUGGUGAAAACUAUAUAACAACAAUAAUAAGAAUCAGUGCUGAUAUUAAGUUGAAAGAUGCAAGUCGUGAGCAAGUUAAAUUCAUGCUGAAGAUUCCAUUGCAGCUGAAGGAGAGUAAAGAGAAAAAGCAAACUGACGACGAUGGCUAUCACGAACUUUUCGUCACCGAAGCAAAUAUGUACGACAACAUCGUGCCGGAGUUGGAGCAAAUGUAUGCCAGCGUUGGGGUGUCGUUGCAAUUCAAACCAAACAAAUAUCGAUUUGCGCAUGAAAUGAGUUGCAACUACAUUUUGAUGGAAGAUCUGCAGGCGAGGGGAUUUGAAAUGGCACCGCGUCGGGAGGGGCUCGACGACGCACAUACAAAGGCAGUACUUGACAAGCUAGCCCAGUGGCAUGCGGCCUCGGUUAAGAGAAUUGAAAUUAAGGGCGCCUACCCGGAGGGAUAUAUCAAGAGUUACUUCUCAGAGCAGAGUUUGCCCUUUAUCGUGAAAAUGAAUGCAGCGUUUAACGAGCCAUUCGCGCAAUGCAUGGAUGCCUACGACUUGAUUCCCACAGAGAAGGAGCUUAUAUUAACUUUUAUGCGAAAUAUGAACGAGUUGUAUGUAAAAUUCGGCAGUGUCGACACACAAGCCUUCAAUGUUCUGAACCACGGUGAUUUUUGGAUAAACAAUGUUAUGUUCCAACACGACGGCGAAGACCGUACCACGGUUAAGGAAGUGCUCUUCAUUGACUUUCAGCUGCCCAAGUACGGAACUUUUGCAAUGGACUUGUUUUGCUUUCUAAUGACCUCACCAAAUUGGUCUAUAAAGCUGAAGAACUUCGAAUCUUUUGUUGAAUACUAUCACCUGAAGCUAAUUGAAAAUUUUCAAAUGUUGCGAUAUGAGAAACCAGUACCAACUUUGGAUGACUUACGAGCACAACUGGAAAAACAUGGAUUAUGGGCAUUUGUUUGUGCACAACGCAUACUCGCUGUGGCCUUACUGGAUUCUCAAGAAAAUUCUAAUAUAGAAACUUUUAUGAGUGAUAACGAAGAGGGAAGAGCGUUUAAGAAGCGAAUGUUUUACAAUCCACUUUAUGUGUCGCAAAUGAAGGAGAUUUUACCUUGGCUUAUAGAGAAGAAUUACCUUCAUUAUCUUACACAGGUCUCAUAAAAAGUUCUUACUAUAACUAUACAAGAUGCCAAAAAUAUGAUACUUUUUUGUAGUUUGGAUGCAAAGGUGCAAUAUUUUAUUUAAAAACUCGAAUGAAGAAUAAAUUUUUUGUAUUGGUAAAAAAUUAAUAGAAUUACAUGUGUGUAUGCUUGUGGCU